GUCCCAGUGUGGAGGUGCACCGACGGAUGCUUCUCUUACGCUCAGCAAAAGAGUAAAACUACUGUUGAGCAGUGCCACACUGACCCACAACUGACAUUAGGACUAUCUACUUUGAUUCAAAAUGGAGAUGCCAUCAAAGAAACGCCGAUUGGAAAUGUCUCUCGAUACGGAAAAAGCAAACAAGAUAGACAAGUUCUUGGAGCAGUUUGUGUUGACAGUGGAGAAAACUAAACAAUUGAUGACAGUUUUUGAGGAAGAGAUGAAACUAGCAUACAGCAAGGAGAAAGAACAGAGAGAUGUGUCGUCAGUUCUCAAUGAGUACACCUACAUAUAUCAGCUUCUGGAUGGCAAUGAGAAUGGUGAUUUUCUUGGUCUGGAUCUUGGAGGCAGUAAUUUUCGCUUGAUUUAUAUUUGUUUGAACAAUGGGAAGAUGACGCCAGUUAUACGGUCAUACGUAUUACCUGUAGAGCUUUUGGAACAACGUGUUGAAAAGGUGUACGAUUUUGUGGUAGAAAAGAUGGCCAGUUUUCUGGAGGAAGAAAAAAUCAAGGAUAAAAGAUUACCUUUGGGUUUCACAUUUUCUUUCCCAAUGAAGCAGGCUGGUCUGCGAUCUGGUGUUCUUGUCACCUGGACAAAGAGUUUCCGUUGUCCUAACGGAAUUGGCGAGGAUGUUGUCACCUUUCUGGAAAAUGCCAUUAAACGUAGAGGAGAUUUAUCUGUUAAUGUGGAAGCCUUGUUGUGUGACACUACAGCCACCUUGGUAGCUGGAAAUGCCGAAGACCCAAACUGCAGAGUGGGAUUAAUUAUUGGUACUGGCUGUAAUGCAAGUUUUGUGGAACAGAUCAAGUAUGCGGAGAAAGUGGAUAUUGAAAAAGCAAAGGAGGUAAUCAUUGAUAUACAGUGGGGUAGCCUUGGUGACAAUGGCUGCCUGGAUUAUAUCAAAACCGAUGUAGACAGGACAGUGGAUAUGGAAUCAAAUCAUCCUAACAGCUUUACAUUUGAAAAGAUGAUAUCUGGAUUUUACCUGGGAGAAGUUGUUCGUCACAUCCUGAUCAAGCUUACAGAUCAGGGCUUACUGUUUGAUGAAUGUUUCCAACUGAGGCAGUGGCCAGUGUUGAGCGGGAUCGGGAUGAUGACACAAGUCACACGGUUUUCUGUGAUAAAGCAGUUAGGGAUUACCAGUGUGAUGAAGAAAGAUGUUGCCGUGGUGAGAGAGGUGUGUGCAGUUGUGUCUGCACGAGCGGCCCAUUUAGUGGCUGGCAAUUUGGCUGUACUUUUAAAUCACAUGAACAAGCCAGAAGUAACAAUAGCUGUUGAUGGUUCUGUCUAUGAACAUCACCCCAACAUGCACGGCCUGAUCAUUGACAGACUGGCUGAACUCGUGCCUCAAACUAAGGUCAAGCUGACCUUGUGUAAAGAAGGCAGUGGGAAGGGGGCAGCGCUAACAGCAGCUAUUGCUCUAAAGCAGACUUCAACAAAUUGAAAGUGAAUUGACGCUGUGUAAAAAUGUCCAGCCUAGCACAGCAACUCUUGACAGAUUCAUUGAAGAUCUUACCAAGUAUAUCUACAUACAGUACUCAUGUACCAACAAGUAGUUUUGUGUGAUGGGAAUGCGAGCAUUCUCUUAUAUAACUAAUGAGACUGUUUUUGUGCCAGCCAAGUACUUAAUUAUAUAGUAAUUUGAUGUAAUCUCAGUCAGAAAUGGCACAUAUCAUUUCAAUACUUUCGAGUACGCUUAUUUGCUCAUGCAUUCGUAGAAGUCACGUCUGUCACUAUUAUUCAAUAAGUAGAUCAGUGCAGUUCAAGUUUAGACUAACAAAGCAGUUGAUUUUGUUAAGGGAAUGAUUGAACUCAUAUUCUAUUAGAACCCCUAGUAUCUACAUGUGUGUAUCGUAUUGUGUAACAUGUAAAUAUCUAUCUAUAUAUCUAUAAGGGUAACAUGGGUGCUUAUUUUUAAACCCUAUAUCAUUCAUCUAUUAUCAUUUCGUUUAUAGCAUUUUUAGCCUUGCAAUGUAUGUUUCUGUCUACAAAUUUUGAUAUCUCUAAGACUCAAAAAUUAAAAAUAAAUUCAUAACAAAAUGAAUUUAUAAGACAGGUUACGUAGUUUAUGGUGUUUUGUUGUUUUGAAAAGAUCUGAGAUUGUUAUUGUUCCUGUCCAGAAAAUUCAUUUAGAAGUUUACUGCCUUAAAGUAUAAUGAAUUGUCCAUGGUAUUUUAAUUACAUAUUAUUUCUAUAACAUAUUUUUCUUUUAACAUUUUAAUUUAAGACUUAACUUUUGGUUUUAUUGCAUCAUCUUUAUGAUAUCAUUUACAGGAUGCCAUUUUUAUGAUUAAACACUCUCUCAUGUACUGUA